AUCGUAAAAGCUCAUUAAAGCAUGCUUUAAUUGAAAAUAUUGAUAAGAAAAGUAGCAAAAGAAGAGGAAGAAAGCAAACAUGGAAGCUCUAGUAGCAUCUUACGGCGAUUCCGAUCCCGAGUCGGACUCAGAACCAUACUCGGAGUCGACUCCACAACCCGCCGUUCCACCGCAGAAUCCGGUGCCUCCGCCGCCGGUAUCUCUGCUAAUCCCACCCAAUUCUCUUUUUGGUACGGUAGAUACAUUGCAGCCGAUUCAACCCAACAGGGUUCGGAGCUUUCCUCAUGUAGAUGGCAACUACGCUUUACAUGUUUACAUUCCAGUUCAUGUUCCACAACCUGCAAGGAAAGAAGCUUCUCAGUUCUUGAAAAAAGUCUCAUUGAAAGUUCCUGGUCUUCAUCUCGUGGAUGCUGACAUCCCACUUGAUGCUCUUCUAAAUGACGGUCAAAAGUUUGAACACGUUACAUUAGGGAGGGAAUUUCAUAUAAGUUUAGGAAGGACUAUACCAAUUAGAGUGCAUCAAAUUGACUCAAUCAUCACCAAGCUACGUCAGAAGUUAAAACAUCAGAAGCAGUAUUUGAUUGACUUCAAUAAAUGGGAGGUAUUUGUCAACGAUGAUAAAGCACGUACCUUUCUGUCACUAGAAGUCACUACAGGUGGCUUGCCAGAGAUAACUAAGCAGAUUCAAGCUGUUAACGAAGUCUAUAGGCUUCACAAUCUUUCCGAAUUUUAUAAGGAUCCUCGACCGCAUAUAUCAUUAACAUGGGCAUUAGGUGAUGUCAGUGAUUCGCUGCAGCGAGUAGUAGAAGAGACGAUGAAACAUCUGAAUGCCGCAGGUUCAUUACAGAAACGGGUUUUCAGUGUUAAAUUUGGUGGUAUAGAUUGCAAGAUCGGCAACAAAACCUAUAAAAUAUGCAAAUUACAGAAUGAAUGAUAAACGAAGUUUUUGGUGAAAUCUCAGUGGGACGUAACUCGUGAUCUCGGAUCUGUUUCGAGUUUAGUCCGAGUCCCUGGAGUUGGAACAUACUAAGUAAUGCGAUCUGUUUCCAUGGAAGUCAACAUAGCCAAAAAUGGUAAGACAUACUAAAAAUAGGAAUUUGGAAAGGAUGACUAAUGUGGUGUCCAUGUUAUUAGAUAUUGUAGAUUUGAGAUCAUAUGUAGGGAUUUAAUUACAUUUGUUUCGGAUAUGAUUAGCUGGAGAACUGAAAUCUAUUAAAUGAUUUUUGUAUUUGAUUAAUUAAGAUGAAUAAAUUACAAGUUUUGGGAGUAUAUUCCUUAUAUUUGUUGUAGUUCUAGUUUAUAUUUAUAUAUAUAAUAAUGCACAAAAUAUUAUGACAGA